AUGGAUUUGGGUGUACAUCAAAAAACCCUAAUCGACCGAGCAUAUGGUGGCGAGCGUCCACCGCUACCUCCUUUGCGCAAAUACCUGAUCCACGUCACCUGCCAAGCUUUCGCCUAUGUCGUCGGAGUAGCCGGAUGGGCCAACAGCGAAUCUGUCGGAAUCGAACCAUUCAGUGCUAAUGUGGCUGUGGAUGGAAAUAUGGUAAACUUAGGAUUAUGGGAUACUGCUGGAUUCUUUCCAUCAAUCUUGUUGUCUGCCACAAUAAGUCCGAUAACUAGAAUUGUUUUAAAGGAUUCAGAGAAUGAUCAUAUCUACCACUCGGAACUUUUUACAUUGACAAAACGAGCAGCAAAAGGUGAACCACAGAAGCUUUCCUUCACUGUGCCAAUUUUUGAACCACAUCCUCCUCAAUACUACAUUCAUGUUGUUUCUGAUUCUUGGUUGCAAUCUGAGGCUUUCUAUACUAUCUCUUUUAAGAAUCUAGCCCUACCGGAGAGCCAUACGGCACACACUGAACUUCUAGAUCUGAAGCCACUUCCUGUGACAGAAAAUGGGUUUUCGUUGGAGGAGGAUUUGGAUGCUCCUCCUGGGCAGCGUUAUAAAAUGAAAGUCGUCCCCACCAGUAAGAACAUAACUUUUGGUGUUGCAGAGGAAGCUUGCUCAAAGAUCAGAAAGAGUAAAAUCGGUGGAACUGUAUCCUACGGAACCAUGGUAAUGAUUCACAUGUCAUAUAGUAGUAUACCAGUAUGUAUGUUAGUAACUGUUUUUCUUCUUGUUCUGAAAUUGGCUGACAUUGCUCCUCUUGGUUAUGGCUUCUGUAUUUUAAUAGCUUAA